AUGAUUUAAGAUAACUCAUCGUUUAGAUAAAGAAAUGUUUACAAAAUGAUAUAGCACAAACUUCAAAGCAACUAUCAACGCUCUAAUGUUAUAGAAUAGGAUAUUCAGAAUAAAGACCUGAAGGAUUAAGCAAAUAUUCAAAGCGGGCAAUUAAUUUUGCGAUAAUCAAGAUCUCAAUAGCUAUCAACAACUCCUAAAACUAAUUCCAAAAGCUCUAAUGAUAAGAUGCCUUACAUACAUUUUAAUACGCCUUAAGCUAUAAUAAAAAAUAAAUUUAAAGAUAAACUGUUUUUGAGUUAAAAAUUUUCACACGAUCAAGGAGAAACCAAUAAUUAUAAAAAAUAGCUAAGUAUUGCUUCUAGCCCAAUUCAAAAACCAUUAGAUUUGAAUUCAUCUCAAAUUAGCAACACAAACUCAGCUUAUUACAUUAAUCAGAACUUAGAAUAAUGUUUUUAAAAGCCAUAAUAAGGAAGACUCAUUUAUACCUCUUAAAAUUUUGUUAACUUUAUAAAAAAUAAAAUUAGAAAGUCAUAACCCACUCAUUAAAAAUUUUCUAUUUACUCUGAGGAAUCUUCACAAUUAUUAGAAUAAAGUAUGUACCUUUUAAACAUGGCAGAUUCUAGAAUUCUAAAUUUGAACUAACCAUAUCAGGUUGAAAUCGAGGAAACACUUCAAAAAAGUCAGUAAAAGAAUUUCUAUUCGCCAGUUUUAAGAGAAAAUAAGAAGGAGUAAAUCACUUUGAUUGAGAAUAAGUUUGAAUUCUUUAAGAUUGAUUGCUAAGAUAAACAGUUUCCCCUUUCAAUUUAGGUGCUAAAAUUGAAUGGUUAAUUUAAGAUAUAUUGGUCUGUAUCUAAUCCUACUCCUGGAACAAACUUGUAUCAAAAAAAGAACUUUGCAUGCAUAGAUGUUACAAAAGAAUAAUCAUGGAAAAUAGACCUGAACCAGUAUCAGAAGGAAACAUAUCAAAAACCUGAAUUUGUUUAUCUUGGUUUUAUUUCUUAAAAUUACAACUUCAUCGAAAUAAAAUUUUGGUUUACUGAUUUAAAUCUAUAAAAGUAUCGAAAGAUGAAACUCUCCUAUGAUUAAAUAAAAAUUAGCAACCCAAAAGUAGAUGCAAAAUAUGUAUAAAAAAGAAGAGAAAAUACUGAGAUAGACAUUGUCUAGUAGCAGGAAGAAAUUUAUUAGAUUUACUUAAAGAGAAGAGAAAAGCUAAUUCAGCAAAGCAAGUUUGGUGACAUAAUUAAUCAUAAUAGAAAAAAUGUAUCUGAAUUCUCUUAAGAAAAAAGAUAAAAGGUGUUGGAAUCAUAAUUUCAAGAGAAAAACCAGCAUAUACAAGAAGUCAAUUAGAAAAAAUAAAUUAUUGAAACACAAAGUGUAAAGAAGAAGGUCCAGAGUAUUCUCUAAAAAACGAUUGAAAGAAUUAUGAAACAAGAGAUUCAAAACAAAGAGUUAUAAAAAGUCCUUUUUAAGAAGCAAACUAUAGACUGGAUUUAGAUUCUUUCGUUAAUAUAGUUGAUAGAUGUAAUUCGAAAAAAAAUAGAAUAACACAAAUAAAUGAAAUACUUAGUUAACAAAAAAAGUGGAAUUGUCAACACUUUUUUGCAAAAAUAUAGGAUGUAAAAAAGUGUUUUGUAUCCAUUAAAAUCAAAUUCAAUAGAAUAGUUAAAUAAUUGA